AUGCGGAUAGCAGUAGAAGGAUGCCUCCACGGCGAGCUGGACACUGUCUAUCAAACUCUGCGUAAAACUGAAAAACAAUAUGGAAUCACCAUCGACCUGCUGCUCAUCUGUGGUGACUUCCAGUCGGUCCGAAAUGAACUGGAUAUGGCUGCAAUGAACAUCAAGGACAAGUAUCGUGAACUUGGAACCUUCCACAAAUACUACAGUGGGCAGGCCAAAGCUCCGUAUCCUACCGUCUUUAUUGGUGGAAAUCACGAGGCUUCCAACUUUUUAUACGAGCUGUUUCAUGGUGGAUGGGUAGCUCCAAACAUGUACUUUUUAGGCUUUGCGAACGUCAUCCGUUUCGGUCCACUGCGUAUCUCUGGGCUGACGGGGAUCUAUAAUCCAAGACACUACAACAAUGGCUUUUAUGAACGAGAACCACUAAGCAGCUACGACAAGACAUCUGUUUAUCAUGUUAGAAAGUUUAAUGUGUAUAGACUCGCUCAGCUCAAAACUCCUCUGGACGUCUUUCUAUCUCACGAUUGGCCGCGUGGUGUUGCUCAGCAUGGAAAUAUCAAGCAGCUACUCAGUAUAAAGAGGUUCCUGGAGAAUGAGAUACGGUCAAACACACUGGGCAGUCCCGCUGGUGAAUUCCUCUUAAACCGUCUAAAACCAUCGUAUUGGUUUGCAGCACAUCUCCACGUAAAGUUUGCAGCACUGGUAAUACACGGUGCUGCUCCACCACCAGCAGUACCAGCAGGAAGCUCAGCAGCACCAGCCAAGAAUCCAGAUGAGAUCGAUUUGGGCGAUGACGAUGAGGAUGAAGAUCCAGAUGCUACCCAAGCCAAAGCCGAGUCCAUUGCCCCAGCUGUAACUAGUGAACAACCUGUAAACGAAGAAGAGAAACCAGCAGCUUUAGAAGAAUCGCCUGCCAAGAAACUUAAGGUUGAUGAUGCUGUCGGACGGGAUGAACCACUACCGCCAGGUGUUGGAGUAGCCUCUUCGUCAUCAUCUGUAGCGGCCCAAACAACAAGCACAGCGGCAUCAUCAGGAAUUCCUGCUGGCAAAAUAUAUUCUAAUGGAGUGAAUGGAUUCCCAACCAGGACAAGAUUCUUGUCAUUGGACAAGGUGCUGCCUCACCGGCAAUUCUUACAGGUGCUUGAAUUUGAGACUGCUGACGAAGGUCCAUACGAAUUUAGCUAUGACCAAGAAUGGUUGGCGAUAGUCAAAGCUACCAAUUCCUUCUUUUCAGAUCAGUCUGUUCAACCAGAUCUACCACGAGAUGAUACUAUUGCCAGGGAUAUCACUACAUCGUUAGAAUGGGUCAAACAUAACGUCCCAUCAUUAGAAAUACCACAUAACUUUGUGCAUACUGCACCGAUACUAGAUCCCAAGAACCAGGUCAAGAAUGUUGAUCGAGAAUACGUACAAUACUGCCGUAUGCUCGACAUGCAAAACAAAAUCAACCCAAACGGUCUUCCACCUGCACCCAAACCUCCUGUCUUAGCAAGCCAACCAACUCAACGAACAGCAGCGGCAUCUUCAUCGUCAUCAUCCGUCCCAAUUGCAUCAUCAGCACAACGAGAAUCUAGUCAACCAUUGCCACCAGGUAUGGCUGAGUAUACACCACCAACAGUAGCAACAUCGAUACCUGCUGCUACCACAGCACCAGUUAUUGUCGCUACUCUUCAACUACCCGUACAACAAUUAUCAGAUCCAGCGCCACAAGAAACAGUGCACCCAGAACAUGGAAAUCUUGAAGAACACGAAGCAGCAGAUGAGGACGAGAUGUACGAAUCUGAUGGACACAGUCCUGCUGCUGAUGCUAAUGGAGAAGAACAAGAAGUGAUUGAAGAAGUGUUUGAAGAAGAAGAAGAAGCCUUCUUGGACGAUAUGGAAGGCGGAGAAGAAGAGGAAGAGGGGCAGAUUGAGGAGGAUCCUAAUAUGGAUGUUGAUAGUGUUGAUAUGGAACGAUGA